UUUACUCCACUCUCUCUCUCACACACUCUCAAUUUCUCUCUCUUCAAUCAAUUCUCGUGAAUUGAACCAACGGUAGAGCUUUGAAGCAAUCAAAAUUCGGAAGUUAGCGAAAAGAAGUCCAUCAAAUUCGUGCGAUUUAUUGUUUUGUUUAUCAUCUUCUCAUCGCUUGGUGCUUGAUUUUCUGUGGAAUUACUUGAGCAUCUAACUGCUGCUAAUGGGGACGGAGAAGUCCAAUGGUGUGUCAAAGCAUGAGAUUUCUUCGGAAUUUCCAGCUGAAGCACAUCCUUUGUCUGAGGAACCAACUGAAAUUGCAUCCAACAUCAACUACCACGCUCAGUUCAGCCCUCAUUUCUCCCCUCUGAAGUUUGAGCCAGAACAGGCUUUUUAUGCCACUGCUGAGAGUGUUCGAGAUCGUCUUAUUCAGCAAUGGAAUGAGACCUAUUUACACUUUCACAAGGCUAAUCCAAAGCAGACAUACUAUUUAUCCAUGGAGUAUCUGCAAGGACGAGCUUUGACAAAUGCUGUUGGAAACUUGAACAUCCAAGAUGCUUAUGCGGAUGCUCUGAAUAAACUUGGACAUCAGCUUGAGGAAAUUGUUGAGCAGGAAAAAGAUGCAGCUCUAGGAAAUGGUGGCCUGGGGAGACUUGCUUCCUGCUUUCUGGAUUCCAUGGCUACGUUGAAUCUUCCUGCGUGGGGAUAUGGUUUAAGAUAUAGAUAUGGCCUUUUCAAGCAGCAGAUUACCAAGGAGGGCCAAGCCGAGUCCGCUGAAGAUUGGCUUGAGAAGUUCAGUCCUUGGGAGAUUGUCAGGCAUGAUGUUGUGUAUCCUGUCAGAUUUUUUGGUCAUGUUCAAGUCAAUCCUGAUGGAUCACGAAAAUGGGUUGAUGGGGAGGUUAUUCAGGCUUUGGCAUAUGAUGUUCCCAUCCCAGGUUACAAGACCAAGAACACUAUCAGUCUUCGUCUUUGGGAAGCAAAAGCUUGUGCUGAGGACUUCAAUCUGUUUCAAUUUAAUGAUGGACAAUAUGAAUCUUCUGUCCAACUUCAUUCCGGAGCCCAGCAGAUUUGUGCUGUUCUCUAUCCUGGAGAUGCUACAGAAAGUGGAAAGCUAUUGCGUCUAAAGCAACAGUUCUUUUUAUGUAGUGCUUCUCUUCAGGACAUCAUUUUCAGAUUUAAAGAGAGGAAUGACGGAAAUGCACCACUUGAGUGGUCUAAAUUCCCAAGCAAAGUUGCGGUUCAGCUUAAUGAUACACACCCCACACUUGCAAUUCCAGAGCUUAUGCGUUUGCUUAUGGAUGAUGAAGGGCUUGGCUGGGAUGAAGCUUGGGAUGUGACAACCAGGGCUAUUGCUUACACAAACCACACGGUUCUUCCUGAAGCUCUGGAGAAGUGGUCACAAUCUGUAAUGUGGAAACUUCUCCCACGUCAUAUGGAGAUUAUAUCUGAAAUUGACAAGCGGUUUGUGGAGAUGGUACAUUCCACUAGGAAUGAUCUUGAGGACAAGGUCAACUCUAUGUGCAUCUUGGACAACAAUCCUCAAAAACCAGUAGUACGCAUGGCAAAUCUGUGCGUGGUGUCUGCUCAUACGGUGAAUGGUGUGGCACAGCUGCACAGUGACAUUUUAACAUCAGAGUUAUUUGCAGACUAUGUCUCUAUAUGGCCUAACAAGUUCCAAAAUAAGACAAAUGGUAUUACUCCUCGCCGGUGGCUCCGGUUUUGCAAUUCAGAGCUAAGUAACAUUAUCACAAAAUGGUUGGAAACUGAUGAAUGGGUUACUAAUCUUGAUCUCCUUGUUAAUCUGCGCAAAUUUGCUGACAAUGAGGAUCUCCAAGCUGAGUGGGCUUCUGCCAAAAUGGCAAACAAACAGCGCUUAGCACAAUAUAUACAUGAAAUAACGGGUGUAUGCAUAGAUCCAAAUAGCCUUUUUGACAUACAAGUCAAGCGAAUUCAUGAAUACAAAAGACAACUAUUAAACAUCCUGGGUGCAGUUUACAGGUACAAGAAGUUGAAGGAGAUGAGUCCAGAUGAUCGUAGUAAAACAACACCCAGGACCAUCAUGAUUGGUGGAAAGGCCUUUGCAACAUACACAAAUGCUAAAAGAAUAGUGAAAUUGGUAACUGAUGUGGGAGCUGUGGUUAACACGGAUCCAGAAGUCAACAAUUAUCUCAAGGUUGUUUUUGUUCCGAACUACAAUGUUUCUGUCGCGGAAAUGCUUAUUCCUGGUAGUGAACUAUCACAGCAUAUAAGUACUGCUGGCAUGGAAGCCAGUGGAACAAGUAACAUGAAGUUUGCCCUCAAUGGAUGCCUCAUUAUAGGAACAUUGGAUGGAGCUAAUGUAGAAAUCAGAGAGGAAAUUGGAGAAGAGAAUUUCUUUCUCUUCGGAGCAACGGCAGAUGAAGUACCAAAGCUUCGCAAGGAUAGAGAGAAUGGACUGUUUAAACCAGAUCCUCGAUAUGAAGAGGCUAAACAAUAUAUAAGAUCAGGAGCUUUUGGAAGCUAUGACUAUAAUCCUCUCCUUGAUUCUCUUGAAGGCAAUUCUGGCUAUGGCCGUGGAGACUAUUUCCUCGUUGGUCAUGACUUUCCAAGUUACAUGGAUGCACAGGCUAAAGUUGAUGAAGCAUACAAAGAUCGGAAAAAAUGGAUGAAGAUGUCUAUAUUAAGCACCGCGGGAAGUGGCAAAUUCAGCAGUGACCGAACAAUUGCACAAUAUGCAAAGGAGAUAUGGAACAUAGAAGAAUGCCCUGUGCCAAAUAAAAAGGCAUAGAUUCCACUCAAGACAUUUGUAGUGCAGCAAGUGGGAAACAUAGCAGACCAUGCAUUUUGCAACAGUGUACCAAGAUAUAGACAUAUACAUAACUCCAGAAACUGAAGUGAACUAAAAUAAUUUCGUUUACUAAUUCUUCUACCGUCUACACGCUUGUUUCAUUGUAUAAGAUUUUUGCUUUGAUAUGUCGUCCAAUUUUUUUUGCUUGAUCUACUGAAUAAACCGAGCAAAGUCGCUUCAGCUCUGUAAGCUAUAUUCAUCCGGCACACCACAAUGUAUAAUAACAUACAUUAUAUGUUAAUUGCAUGGAUCCCUGGUUUAGGCCUGUUCA